AUGCCAAAAAGCUCCAAGAAGAAAAAGGACAAGGCCGCAGAUUUCUCGAAAGCGAAGUUGAAGCUUGGAAAGGGCAAACAAGCUGCGAGCAAUGCCAUUGACACCUCAUUUAAAGCUCGAUCGAUAAAUUUGCCCACUCAAAGCAUCACAAAUAAUAAAAACGCAGACAUCCCUUCAACCAAGAGACGUCUAACCUUCGACGACCUUCUUGCACACCUCAAACACUACAGCCCGGGAACUCGGAAAGAUGCGAUUAUAGGACUCCGAGAACUCUUGGAGGGUCACAACGAGCUUGUCGAGUCGUCGUUGACACCGCUGCUAAACGCACUUGUCCGCCUGAUUGGAGAUGAAGAUGCCGGCGUACGCAAAAAUUUACUAUCCUUCUUCUCAUGGCUAUUUCCAAGAGUUGAUGUGGAACAUAUUUUACCCCAUUCUUCGAUGCUCCUUUUAUUCACUACUUCCGCGCAAACGCACAUCUUUCCGGAAAUUCGAAUCGACGCAGUGCGAUUCCUCGACAUCUUUCUGGAAUAUGUUCCACAGUUGGUAAUUUCGGGUUGGCGUGAAGGUGGCAAAGGAAAUGGAAGCCGCGUCUUGGAAGGUUAUCUGGGGAUACUAAAUGCGGGAACCAGAUUUGGUGAAACUGAUGGACCUUUGAAGGCGACCUCAACGGCAAGCGUGGUUCUAACUCCAGCCUCAAAACUUGUCGUUCUUCGAUCUCUGUCCACAUUUCUGAUCCACGCUCUGACGCCCACAGGGGAUUUCCCAAAGUCGUGCCGCGCACUUUUUGAUCCUUCAAAUCCAACUCAAGCAUGGUAUCUGAAAAAUGCGUUUUCUUCUGAAGACGCAUAUCAUACGUUCGAGAGACUCCUACAACCGUCUCUCCAAGCUGGGAGUAAAAGGCAUCCAGCGCGAGCUUGGGAAGCUGAGGUGGAUGAAGGUGACGACUUUAUAAUUCCGGCGGGUCUUUGGGCUAGGCCUUGCUGGACACUCGAUGAACUAAUGAAUAGCAUUGAAUGUUCGGCUGUGGAGGCAGAGGGCCAUGACUCUCCCGAAGUCUCCGUGUUGUCUUUCGUCUCGCGUAUUGCCCAAACAUUGCAUUCUACCCUCGUUGCCACGUUUCUUGAUUGUGCACCGACCGUCUUUUCGCCAGGCAGUACUCCAUCCGAGGUAGAAACACAGCUGGUGGUGACGAUAGCCCGGAUUACUCACACCUUAUAUGAACCAAUAUUGCAAUCGUCUUUAGCCAAACAAAACGAUGUCGACAAUUUGUCGAGCCUUGUUGGUUAUAUGACGCCUUACUUUCCAUCAACGGGCGGUGCAGAUGGCAAGUUUGAUCGAGCAUGCGAAGAAUUCAAUCUCAUAUUCUGCGAACUCACGUCCCUACUUCUCAAUGCCCCCGAUAAUUCCUUCUCUAAACACCAGAAACGGAGAUCACAAAAUCCGAAUCCAUCCCACAAACGUCCGCAACGAGACCAAGUGUUGUCAAGUCAAACUUCCAGAGUGAGCGACUACGUUAUUCGUCGCCUGCGCGGGCAGUCCGACUCUCCCUCACAAAUUGGCCAUGUGCUUGGAGCUUCAGCAUACGUCUCUUUAUUGCCGACCAUUUGGGCAUUGAUCAACAAACCUUUGCCAAGAGACACAACGACAAACGAAGUCUUGUGUACUGUCAUUGACCAUGCUCUCAACUUAUCAUCCAAGUCUCCAUGCAAGAGAUUGACUGUCGAGUUUGUUGCCCGUUUAAUCUUGCUUAGCAGCGCUCCACAAUAUCAUGGUAACAUGAGAGUUGGAAGAGAUGUUGUAGAGGAUCAGAAAUUUGAAACGUGGCUAACCCACCUUCCUCAAGUUCUUUGGGAAAUCGGUGCCAGCAAUUUGCUAUCGACCGAGACGGUGCUCCGCGUGCUUCUGCGUAUUUUGCAGCGGCGAUCGAAGCUAGUCCACGAUAAGACUAUUGCAUCACUUGGAUCAAGACUCGCUCCAUUCUUCAGUAUCAGCCAUUCAGUUCGAGGACAUCUGGCUGGACCUUAUCGCAACCUUCCUGCUCAAUCCGCUAUUCGCAGACAAGCGUUGUGA